GCGCGGGGCUCUGGCCCCUCCGACCCCGGGAACCUGUGGGCGGGGGGUGGUGGCCGCAUCUGCACCCGCGGCCUAGUGCGUCUCCCGCUGGGACCCCUGGCCCACAUCGCUCCCCCUCCCACCCGGGGGACAAAGGGCGGGGGCGGGGGCGCAUCCCCACGCGUGACCUUCCCCCCGCACUGCGCACGCGCCCCGCCCCCUCCACCACGGGGGAGGGGCCCUGCUCGCCCACACGAGUGCGGGGGAGGGCCUGCGCGUGGGCUGGACCCCCACCCUACGCCUGGAAGUUGGGGCACGGUCCCCUCCCCCCCUGCACCUCUCGCUUCUUUUGGCCCCGAGGUGACCCGUGAUGAGGGUCCGCCCUAUCCAGGCCAGGAUGUCUCGGCUCUGUGCCCCGCGGGGAACCCGCUCCUCCUCCUCUCAGUAGCUCAGGGUCUGGCCCCCAGCCCCGUCGUUUUCUAGGAGCCCAGGAGUUUGAAACCCCAGGUGUCCUCCCUCAGACCCAGGAGUCCCGGCCCUCAGCAUCAUCCCCCCACCCCCAGUGCUAAAGAGUUGGGUUCCACCUCCCCUGGGGGGGUCCCUCCAUCUGUGGCUGCCCUUUCUGUCCAGUGCCCCUGAGGCGCUAAGCUGCCUGGGUCCACUGGAGGCCGCGCCAUGAAUGACCGAAACAGCCGGAGGAGGACACUGAAGAAAGACGAUGAGGCCUUCGAGAUCUCCAUCCCCUUCGAUGAGACGCCCCACCUAGACCCACAGAUCUUUUACAGUCUGAGCCCCUCUCGGGGAAACUUCGAGGAGCCUCCGGAGGCCGCAUCCCCGACCGUGGCCCUGAUGAAUGGUGUCAGGGCCCAGCUGCACAUGGCCCUGGAGAGAAACUCAUGGUUGCAGAAGCGCAUCGAGGACCUGGAGGAGGAGAGGGACUUCUUGCGGUGUCAGCUAGACAAGUUUAUCUCCUCUGCCCGCAUAGAUGCAGAGGACCACUGCCGGGUGAAGCCUGGGCCCAGGCGGGUUGAGGGGGAUGGCCGCGGUGGGGCUGGGGGUGAGGCCUCAGACCCCGAGUCAGCGGCCUCCUCGAUCAGCGGAGCAUCUGAAGAAGGCAGUACCAUGGAGAGGAAGAGGCAGAAGCAGAAGGGAGGUGCUGGCCGGAGGCGCUUUGGGAAGCCCAAGGCCCGGGAGAGGCAGCGGGUGAAGGAUGCAGACGGCGUCCUCUGCCGCUACAAGAAGAUCCUGGGCACCUUCCAGAAGCUGAAGAGCAUGUCUCGGGCCUUUGAGCACCACCGAGUAGAUCGCAACACGGUGGCGCUGACCACGCCCAUCGCGGAGCUGCUCAUCGUGGCCCCGGAGAAGCUGGCGGAGGUCGGCGAGUUCGACCCCUCUAAGGAGCGCCUGCUCGAGUACUCGCGCCGCUGCUUCCUGGCCCUGGACGACGAGACCCUCAAGAAGGUGCAGGCCCUCAAGAAGAGCAAGCUGCUGCUUCCCAUCACCUACCGCUUCAAGCGGUGAUCCUGCCCCACCUGGCCCAGGACGCGCCCGUCGGCCCCCACUUCCUUCCUCCUGUGCCCCUCCUGGCACCGGGCGAGCGUGUGCAUGAGUGGUGUGCUCCUCCAGAGGGCCUGGGGUGUUUCUGCGUGUGCCUCUCCUGCUCCUGCAGAUCCCCACUCCCACCCCGGGUCCCUUGUAUGUAGAUCUGCUCCCCUCCUUGCCGCUCACGGUCCUAGCACCCUCCCCUCCUUCUGCAUUCCCUGGGGAGGGGCGUCCACAUAGCCAGGCUCCCAAGAGCUACCGCCCAGGGGUCGGUUUCUGCCCUUUCCCAAAUACUGGCACCCCUCCCACGCGAGCUGCACCGUCCUGCCCUCACCGGCCCUCCCUCCUGGGGACACUGCGAGACUGCGGGGCCAGGCACUGUACAUACCCCGUCUCUACCCCAGCCCCGAGACAGGCUGGCCUACUCUGCCAGGAGCUCCCCACCCGCCUUCCGGACGAGAAAGAAUUAUUCAGAGAAUUUAAAUUAAAGACAGACGAUAAAAUUUGGGAUAAACUA